UUUACAGUGUCUGAGGUCCGUGUGUGUGUGUGUGUGUGUGUGUGUGUGGGUGUGUGUGUGUGUGUGUGUGUGUGGGUGUGUGUAUGAGUGCGUGUGUGUGGGAGGAUGAGCUCUAAGCGGAGUUUGUUGGUGCGGCUGGUGCCAUGCCGGUGUCUGAGGGGGGAGGAGGAAACGGUCACGUCGCUGGACUACUCCCACUGCAGUCUGGAGCAGGUGCCCAAAGAGAUCUUCAGUUUCGAGAAGACGCUGGAGGAGCUCUACCUGGAUGCCAACCAGAUUGAGGAGCUACCUAAACAACUCUUUAACUGCCAGUUACUGCACCGACUGAGUCUGCCAGACAACGACCUCACCGUGCUGCCGCCGGCCAUCGCUAACCUCAUCAAUCUCAGGGAGCUGGACAUCAGCAAGAACAGCAUACAGGAGUUUCCAGAAAACAUUAAGAACUGCAAAGUCCUUGCAAUUGUUGAAGCGAGUGUGAAUCCCAUUUCAAAACUCCCUGAAGGAUUCACGCAGCUCCUCAGUCUGACACAGCUCUACCUGAAUGACGCCUUCCUCGAGUUCCUUCCAGCCAGCUUCGGCAGGCUAACCAAACUGCAGAUCCUGGAGCUUCGGGAGAACCAGUUAAAGAUGCUGCCAAAAAGCAUGCAUAAGCUGACGCAGCUGGAACGUCUGGACCUGGGGAGUAACGAGUUCACUGAAGUGCCUGAGGUUUUGGAGCAGCUUACAGGAAUAAAGGAGCUGUGGAUGGAUGGAAACAAGCUCACAGUUUUACCGGGGAUGAUCGGGAUGCUGAAGCAGCUGACCUAUUUAGAUGUGUCCAAGAACAACAUGGAGCUGGUGGAUGACCAGAUCAGCGGCUGUGAGAACCUGCAGGACCUGCUGCUGUCCAACAACGCCCUCACUCAGCUACCCAGCGCUAUAGGCUCUCUGAAGAAGCUGACCGCUCUAAAGGUGGAUGAGAAUCAGCUUGUGCGUCUGCCGGACUCUAUAGGCGGGCUGACCGCUCUGGACGAGCUGGACUGUAGCUUUAAUGAGAUUGAGUCUCUGCCUGCUGCAGUUGGUCAGUGUGUGAACUUGCGGACCUUUGCAGCUGACCACAACUUCCUCACCCAGCUGCCUCCAGAGAUGGGCUGCCUGAAGAACGCCACUGUGCUUUUUCUGCACUCCAACAAGCUAGAGUCUCUGCCGGAGGAGAUGGGCGACAUGCAGAAACUCAAGGUCAUCAAUCUGAGCGACAACAAGCUGAAGAACCUUCCCUACAGUUUCACCAAGCUGAAUCAGAUGACUGCUAUGUGGCUGUCCGAAAAUCAGUCUAAACCGCUCAUCCCCCUGCAGAAGGAGGAGGAACCAGAGACACACAAAACCGUUCUCACCAACUACAUGUUCCCACAGCAGAGCAGAACUGAAGAAUAUGUGCCUAAUUCAGACAGUGAGAGUUUUAACCCGACUCUAUGGGAGGAGCAGAGAAAGCAGAGGGCACAGGUGGCGUUCGAGUGUGACGAGGACAAGGAUGAGAGAGAGACUCCACCACGGGAAGGGAACCUGAAGCGCUACCCAACGCCAUACCCUGACGAGCUGAAGAACAUGGUAAAAACAGCACAGUCUGUAGCCCACCGGCUCAAGGAGGAUGAGUCAGGAGACGAGACGUCUAGUGAGAAGAACCACAUCGGAGUGCAGAGUGUAGGAGUUAAGGUGAUUGAAACUCCCUGUGCCAAUGGCAAAGCACUUGAGCUGGAGUCCAAAGCCACAGCGAACAGCGUCCAAAACGCCACUCCACCUGAACCAAGAGACGUUCCAGAUAACCACGAUACUGAGAGAGUCCCUCUGAAGAGCUCAGAUAGCUCUAGAGCCAUGGUCAACCAUGAGGACACACUUGAGGAUUCAGAGGAGCUGUCGUCUGAGGAAGAGGAGAUGAGGAUUGCUGAGAUGAGACCUCCCCUCAUCGAGAUCUCCAUCAACCAGCCCAAAGUGGUGGCCCUCAGCAAGGACAAAAAAGAUGACAGUAAAGACGCUGACUCAUUGCUGGACGAGACUGUGGCAAAUAGUAACCAGAACAACAGUAACUGCUCUUCACCCUCUCGCAUGUCUGACUCCGUGUCCUUGACCACAGACAGCAGCCAGGACAACUCCCUCUGCACUCCCGAGAGAGAGGCCAAGAUGCCACUUGUCCCCAAGAACAGGCAAGAGGAUGAAAAUCUGAACCAGCUGAAGGAAACAGUCCCACUGCUUCAGAACUGCAACGGCUCUGAGACGUCUCUGCAGACAGUUCUGAAGACCCAGCGCAGCUACGAGAGCAAAGCUGGCAAGAUGACCAAUUAUGACCUCUCAAUGGAGGAGCGGCUAGCGCUCAUUGAGAAGGGCAUUAAUAACGGCAUGGCCGACCAGUACAGCAAGUGGGACCAGAUCAACAUGAACGUGUCCAAAUUUCCGCCCGACAACAUGGUGGUCUGUGAGGACCUGGAGAAGACAAAGAGCAGCCUUGGGGAACCUUGUCUGAGCAGCAACAACAACACCUCUGCUCCAUCUCUGGAGAACCUGGAGAAUGGGAACCAGAAUGCAAAAGCACAGCCUGGGGAGCAUUUUAAUGGCCGCAUUGAGGAAACAGUAGUGAGGUACGAGACUGUGAGGACUGCAUCUGCAGGAGUUACAGCAUCCAGUGAUAUGUCCCUUUCCCGCAGCACAGAGGAACUUUCACCGGAGAAAAAGCGACCACCUCCUGUGAUGAAGUCCCAGAGCAUCAGCAACAUGGAGGCUGGUGGCAUGAAGCUGUACUCCAUUGAAGGUGAGAGCCCACCCUAUGAGGCUGUAGCAGGGGCAGCCAGGGUCUCUGGCGCCCAAGGCCAGAGCAUUGUCCGGUCCAAAUCUGCCUCUUUACUGAAUGAUCAACCUCUGCAAGUUUAUCCUGGUUCCUCAGCCUCAUCUUCUGACCUCCUGUCCAGCUCUAAACCUCCAACCAGCGUGACUCGCUAUCCCACUGGCCCUCCACCUCAGUAUAACGUCCAGUACACCAGCAGCACUGUACCUAAAGACAAUCUUUGGGCCCAGCGCACCCCCAUCCCUCCUGACCAGGCCUACCUCCCUCCACAACAUUCACUUGCCAACACCAACUAUUCAAAUCGUAACAAUGCUCCACCCUAUCCUCACCAGUCACAAACGCGUGGUCCACCAAAGGCCCCUCCUGACAUGUGGGCUAAAGAGCGUAUGAUGCCUCCCGGAGGCCAACGAGGCACUUUGCAAAGACAGAGCAGCACGUCCUCCAAUGCAUCCAUGGUCAUGCCGGACCCUCGGCGCAUGCCAGGUCCUGAGAGUGACUAUCUAACCUACAGGGACAUCCACACCAUGGGCCGCGGUCCACCACAUAUGAGCCUCCAAAGGCCUCUGUCGGCCCGCACCUACAGCAUGGAUGAACCUGGAGCUCCACGGCCACAAAGCGCUCGACCCCCAGCCCACGAGGUGCCCGAGAGGACCAUGUCCGUCAGCGACUUCAACUACCAGCAUGGCAGCCCCAACAAGAGGCCCAACUUGAGAGUGAAGUCUGAGCACUCUCUGCUGGAUGGACCUUCUGGAGGAGGAGGCAGGGUACCAGCUGAUUGGAGAGACCAGGUGAUGAGGCACAUUGAGGCCAAGAAGAUGGAGAAGAUGACUGCCCUGUCUCGGUCUUUGGCCUCGCUCUAUGGCAGCCAAGGUUCUCUGGCCUUUAGCACUGUAGAUGGACGGCAGUUUGGAGCCCACGGGCCCAGCGAUGAGGUCUUCAGUCCUUAUGGACAGCAGGGCUACCCAAUUGAUCCACACAGAAAAGUGCCUUUGAUGAACGGCCAGAUGUGUCCUCCUCCAGUCCGACCCCAGAUGACCUGUGCCCAGGCCCAGAUGGCACGUCAUCCAUCCCGAGAGCAGCUCAUCGACUACCUGAUGCUCAAAGUGUCCCAGCAGCCUCCGGGCCCACCGCGCCACCCUCACGAGUCUCUGCCACAGGAGAUGCAUGUGAAGAUUGAGAAGAAUCCUGAGCUGGGGUUCAGCAUAUCAGGAGGAGUGGGAGGGCGGGGGAAUCCCUUCCGUCCUGACGAUAACGGUAUUUUUGUGACAAGAGUUCAGCCAGAAGGACCUGCUUCAAAACUUCUCCAGCCUGGAGAUAAAAUCAUCCAGGCGAAUGGAUACAGCUUUGUCAAUAUUGAUCACGGAAACGCUGUGUCCCUCCUGAAGACCUUUCCCAACACCGUGGACCUGAUCAUCAUCAGAGACAUGGCAGCGUAGAGAUUCUGUGCAACACAUGAUUGUCUGAAUGUUCACUCCAUCAUUUUUGUACAUGGAGGAGCCAGAUUGGUGUAUAGUUGAUUUGAACUGCUUUUCGUGGAAGGACCUCAGAGCUUUGGUAAAAAACAGGGCAAAAACCACUGUGGCAAGUGGACGGAAGACAAUGUCUGGGAGCAUGUGCGUUUCAAGCAACCACAACAAAAGAAUCCUUCACUGUGGGAGAGCUUGUUGGAUUAGUCCAACAAGGACAAGAAAACUGUGUUUUUGUACAAAGUUUUUUUGUUGUUUUUUUGUUUUUCUUUCUAGUCAUUCAACAUAGGGUUCACCAUAGUGGAACGUUAACUGUAGCUGACCAUUAGGGGGCAGGGCUCCCUGUCUGCUGACAUCAGUAUGCCUUUUAUUUUUUUAUUUUUAAAUCAUGUUUCACUUUCUUCUUCCUUUUUUCUUAUUUAAGAGAUUUUUAAAAACCACUCCUCUGACCUGUGUGAGAUUUUAUAUACAUUUUUUUUUAACUGGAGGUCAAUGCUAGGUGCUUGGUGUGGAUUUUCGAAUGUAGAACUGGUGUGCGCUUUGGCCUGGGUGGUAGAUUCAGUGUCUAAAAUACAUCCACUGGGUUCCUGGCAGACGCUGCUUGCCACUUUAGUCUUCUCAACUUCACCGGAACCUUUCUUUAGCCUCGGCCUCGGCCUCUCCUCUGCGCACCCUUAGCUUGAUUUAGAACCAAACCCCCUCCCACCUCAUUCCCCGCAGCGAGAGUGACCCAACUGCCUGAUCCUGUAGAGAAACCUCCACCUGAGACAUUCAGUAAGACGCUGUGUGUUCUAGGACGUGCUGGAGAGCCCUCUGUAUGUCUAACGUGGACUGGAACAUGGUGAAGAACUUCUUUGAGGGUUUUUGGAAGAGGCUGCAGGGCCUACGACUGGCCUUUGCUUGGACACACAUGGACACAUGAGGUGGUGUGACUAAGUUAACCAAAGCUUGUGUGGAAACUUUACCUGGGUGGUGGGGUACUGGGGAGAUGGACAGGGUAAUUCUGGGUGUUCUUGGGCCAUUGUGGGCCAUCUCGGGACCUGCAUUUUCCUUUUGUUGAAGCUAGUGGGUCCAGUAUUCACAAAUCGUCUCUGUUUAGGAAGGCUCCUGUACUCAGCUCAGCACUCUGGAGAUAUUUUGUGGACACUGGCCCAAAACCUAAAGGGCUUCCUCAGAACCCUCCUCAAAACUGACCUUUGGAAAGGGUUUCUCACCUGGACUCGACACGGUUUGCCUUUCUGUAAGCAUCACCUUCCUAAGCGUGCAGUUUUUUUCUCUUUUUUGUUUUUUGGUUUUCUUUUUCCUUGUACUGUUUUAAUCAUGAACAUUUCGCUUCAGUGAGAAUUUGAUACAGGCAGGGAGAAGAACUUGACAAGUGCCAACAAACCCUGAUCUGUCUGAAAUGGGGGGAAAGGUCACACUUUUUUUUUUUUUGACCCAGAGCAAUACUCACUGAUCCACACUGCGUAUUCAGUGGCCUUGAGAGGCUUACUAUGGGACAGUCUUUGAGAGAGCAAUAGCAAGAAGUCCUAUUCUUAUUUUUCAGAGAGAGCUGUCAGAUAGCAUUGUUUUUGUUUUUUUGUUCUAAGAAAAAAAAUUAAAAAGAGGAAACCCUUUUAGUACUCCUUGAUUGUGAUAGAGCAUUUUAUAUUGUAAAACUUUUAGAAGAGAAAACAUAGGAAAUGGCAUUUUGAAUAUUUUGCAAAGAUGUUCUUAAGUGUGCAUAUGGUAAUGUAAAAUGUCCUGCACUCACUGCCCCCUCUUCCUUCCCACAAGCGGUUGCAUCGCCACUUCCACAAACUUCCCUGCUGAGUUGACAUUAUUAACUGUCUCCCAUGUGAGUGGAUUCAAAUACUUAACCUUCUUCAGUGGCAGAAUAAUUUGAUCGGCUGCAAAGACAAAGAUAUUCAAUGUUAACCGUAUAACGUUUCACAGAAACUGUCCAAUCGAAAGGCUUACAGGCCUGUAUGUACACACAAAAGAAAGAAUGACCAACUGUUGAUUGUUGUACUGUGUAAAUUACUUGCAUGAAAUCACUCCCUAGAUUAUUUUAUUUUAUUUCUUGGCUGUAAUCUUCAUUGUUCUAGAGGUCUACAUGAAUUUUAAGUUAUCAGAUUGACCUAUACUGAUACCCAUCAGUGUACUGAAAUUUUAUAUUCGUAGAAGGAAGCACUGAUGUUUUGUUGUACGAGUACCUGUACUAAAAUUAAAUUGAUUUAGUGUUACAAUUUUAAUUUAGAA